AAUUUAGCCACGGCUUGCUUCUUAUACUAUCGAUUUGGCUUAUAUACACUGAAUGAGGGGCUGAGCGACUGGCACUGAAGAAACCUGAAGCAUCCAUGAUUGAAAUGCUGUUUUGAGGUCUUUUUGCAUUGGAAAUAGCAAAAGUAAAUCAUGACGGCCGAUCAGGCCGCGCGGCCGCGCAAGUCGACGCGUGAAACCGGCGAGCUGCCUCCCUACAGCUACAAGCCCUUGAAGCAUCGAUGGGAGCUUAAACUGAACUUUAUGUCAGGCGUAACGCUGGGGCCGUGGCUGUUGUUCCUGUGGACACACGGGCGCGACAUUCACUGGCGCCUGUUCUGGCACCGGGUCGCCUUCCUCAGUCUCAUGGCGGCGAUCAACACUCUGCUGGCGCUGUUUGACUGGCUGCUGCACUCCCGGGCCGUGGCCGCCCAGCCGCUGCACCCCGAGCCGCUGUUCGUGCUGGGCCACCCCCGCAGCGGCACCACACACCUACACAACCUGCUGAGCCGCGACCCCGCCUUCGCCUUCGCCAACACCUUCCACGCGGGCUUCCCCUCCUCCUUCCUGACGCUGGAGCCGGCCCGCGGGCUGCUGCGGGGGCUGCUGGCGCCCACGCGACCCAUGGACCGCAUGGCGCUCAGCUGGGAGCUGCCGGCGGAGGACGAGAUAGCGAUCAACGUGCUGUCGGGCGGCCGCGUGUCGCCGUACGCAGCCCUGGUGCUGCCGCGGGCCUGGCGGGCGGGUGGAGGGGGAGCGGGGAGAGGGGGGAGAGGAGAGGAAGGGGGAGGGGAAGGAGGGGGAGGAGGAGGGUGGGGGAGUGGGCGGGCGGGCGGCGGCGUGGUGGGGCUGCGGGAUUUCCUGGAUUGGGACGCGGAAGAGGAUGAGGAGGCGGAGGCGGAGGAGGCGGAGGAGGGCGAGGAGGUGGAAGGUGAAGCGGAGGCAAAGCCGCCCACAUCUGCCGCGGCUGCAGCGGCUGCUUCAUCCGCGGCGGCAGCGGCGGUGGCAGCAGCAGCGGCAGCUGCGGCGGCGCCUGAUGCGGCAGCAAAUGUCGGGGGUGCAGGCGCAGGGGCCGCAGCAACAGGCGGCCCUCAAGCGAAACGGCAGCAGCAGCAGCAGCAGCAGCAGCAGCAGCAGCAGCAGCAGCAGCAACAAUUGCGUCGGCGGCGGGCGGAGCUGCGGGCGGCGGCGUUUGCGGAGUGGCUGUCGGCUUUCAUGUGGUUCAUGAAAAAGAUCACGUACCGGCACGUGCGGCUGAAGAAGCAGCAGCAGCAGCGGUCGCCAGCCGGCGGCCACCAACCGCCGUCCUCCCAACCGUCGCAACCAUCCCAACCGCCCCAACCGCAACCGCCCAUGCUGCUGAUCAAGAGCCCGGUGCACACGGCGCGGCUGGCCACGUGGCUGCGGCUGUUCCCUCGGGCGCGGUUCGUGUUCGUGCACCGCCACCCUCUGGAGGUGUUCCAGUCUGCGGCGCACAUGGCGGACACAUACUACCCCUACACCUACCUGCAGGUGAGAAUUUCAUCGAGGAUUGGGCGGGAGCUUGGACUUAGCGGCCAGGAGUAGCGACGCGGAGCUGGGAAUUGUAGGAGUGCCUGGGCCUCACGGUACCGUGAGCACAUGCAUGGGUUUGCACCCUUGAGAGCGUGUGGACACUAAUCCCCCCUCGAGGUUAGAGUAGCGGGGGUUGCGCGAUUUCCGGUUGGUAAGACCGGCGGCUCACCGCAGCAGGUAUGCGAGGUAACUUCAGGUAACAUCCGUAAACCGUCGCUUUGCUGCAUCGCAUACACUGUCUUUGCGCAACGUUUUCCUUGUGCUCUUUAACACAAGUGCGCGAGCCGGUUCAUGUCCCGCGGGCGUGCCGGGGCCUCUAGGGCUCGUGUUUUGGCGACUUGAUUUGUGAGUGUAUGGACAAUUUCUGGUGGUGAAAUUGCCCUAUGCUCACAAAUCUGUCGAAGGGUAAUUUUCGGCGUCCUACUCAGUGCUGUGCUGCGUGCCGUCGCGUCUGGACGAUGCUACCGAAAAUUGCUAUCUUGUCG